GGCUAACGGAGCUAACAAGCUAACGGAGCUAACAAGCUAACGGAGCUAACAAGCUAACGGAGCUAACAGGCUAACAAGCUAACGGAGCUAACAGGCUAACGUGCUAACGGAGCUAACAGGCUAACGUGCUAACGGAGCUAACAGGCUAACGUGCUAACGGACAGGCCACUGGCUCAUGUUCACCACGCAGCUCUGACCCGUUCUGACCCGGGUUAGGUUAGCGGGUUAGCUCUCUGGCUUUCUGGUGUUCAGCAGCAACAGGAGGCUCAGCAGCUCCAGCCGGACAGAACCGCGAUGCUAAUAGCAGUUGCCGGAGGACCUGGAAAUGCUGCCGCCGCCGGCAAGAAGCCACGGCGCCGAGGCAAGAAACACCGCAGAGUCCGAACAGACGAGAACCGGCCUGAUGACCUCUGUGACCUUCACAGUCUAAACACACUUCAGCAGAGUUACCCCCAAAACCCUCCAGAUACAACCACAUCAUCACAAAAUGCACCAACAUGUACUGAAGAUGUUGAUGAGUCCACUACAGAACCCCGACAAACCCCUGAACGCACCACCACUUUACCUGCUGAAACCCUCUGGCUGCCCCCCAGGGGUGUCCCUGGAUCCCUCUCACCACCCCGUCCUGAUCCAGUAGAUACCCCUGUAGCACACCUGGUGCCUCCUGAAAUAAAUCUCCAAAACACCCACCUGACAGCGCCAUUGACACCUCAGAUUUUCAGCCAAUCACCUCCUGCCACAUUUAAAAAUCCCCCCCACAGUCCUAGCCAAUCACCGCCAACUCUUAGCCUAAACAUUACCCAGAAUUCCUCCAGAUCGCCUCAUAGAACGAGAAAUGUUGAUCAAAGUCCGCCAGAAGGCCAAACAGAACCCUCCAAAUUGCCUCCAAUCUUAUCACACAAUAUUACCCACAAUACCUCUGAAUCAAAGUCAGUUCCUGUCCAACUUCCUGCCAAAGCUCCUCCCAGCCCUCAGUUAAGCCCCUCCCACCCUGACCCCUUCCUGCUGACCUCAGUGACCUUCACUUCCAGUGUCUCCUCGCAUCUCUGCACCCCCACCUGCUCACCUGCCUCCUUCCUCUGCUCCCUCGACUCUCUGAGCCCCCACAUUGGUCUGCCUCCCAUGAUGCCAUCAGCCACCACACACAUAGCCACACCCCCUUUUACUCUGAGUCCGCCCCCUCUGGAGUUAACCCCGCCCCCUGCACAGCUACUGGGCUCUGACGAUGAAGAGCAGGAAGACCCUUCAGAUUACUGCAAAGGUGGUUACUACCCGGUGAAGAUCGGUGAUUUGUUUAAUGGGAGGUACCAUGUGGUCAGAAAAUUGGGCUGGGGACAUUUUUCUACAGUCUGGCUCUGCUGGGAUCUUCAGAGGAAGCGCUUCGUGGCACUGAAGGUUGUUAAGAGCGCUCCACAUUACACCGAGACGGCUCUGGACGAGAUCAAACUGCUCCGAUGUGUGAGAGACAGCGACCCCUCUGACCCCUACAGAGAAACCAUCGUCCAGCUAAUAGACGACUUCAAGAUCUCUGGAGUCAACGGAAUCCAUGUCUGUAUGGUUUUGGAGGUUUUGGGUCAUCAGCUGUUAAAAUGGAUCAUUAAGUCAAACUACAUGGGACUUCCUCUAAUCUGCGUCAAGACCAUCAUCAGACAGGUGCUGCAGGGUCUGGACUACCUCCACACUAAAUGUAAGAUCAUCCACACUGAUAUCAAACCAGAGAACAUCUUAUUGGAUGUUGAUGAGGUUUACAUCAGGAGAUUGGCAGCUGAGGCAACCAUCUGGCAGAGAGCUGGGGCUCCGCCCCUUCUGGGUCGUCAGGUGGGUAAGCUGUCUAAGAACAAGAAGAAGAAGAUGAAGAGGAAAGCAAAGCGUCAACAGAGACUUUUGGAAGAGAGACUGGAGGACAUACAGAGGCUGGAGGAGGAGGACGGCGUAUCACCUGAGGACACAGAUGCUCACUGCUCUCUGGUCGUCAACGGCAACACUUGCUGCUCCACAGCCAACAGCAAAAUGAGCUCCGACUCCGCCUGUUCCUGGUUGGAGGACAGGUGUAACGGCCACGCCCCCGGACGGUUCUCCAGCCCCGCCUCCGGCCUAUCGGGCUUCUCCAGCUCUGUGAUGUCAGCGACGUCAGAGUCAGCACUUUCUACUCAGUCAGGAUACUCGAGUGGACGAGAUGUGUUCAGCUCCUCAGACUUCGUCCUCAGUCCUCUGGAUCCUCUCAACGCUCUCACACUCAGGGUGAAGAUCGCUGAUCUGGGAAAUGCAUGCUGGGUGCACAAACACUUCACUGAGGACAUUCAGACCCGACAGUACCGAGCUGUGGAGGUUCUGAUCGGAGCCGAGUACGGACCUCCUGCUGACAUCUGGAGCACCGCCUGCAUGGCGUUUGAGUUGGCGACAGGAGAUUACCUCUUUGAACCUCAUUCAGGAGAAGACUACACCAGAGACGAAGAUCACAUUGCUCACGUCAUCGAGCUGCUCGGACCCAUUCCUCUGCCCUUCGCUUUGUCUGGCAGGUACUCCAGAGAGUACUUCAACAGGAAAGGUGAGCUGCGUCACAUCUCCAGCCUGAAGCCUUGGGGUCUGUUUGAGGUUCUGUUGGAGAAGUACGAGUGGCCUCUGGAUCAGGCGGCUCAGUUCAGUGACUUCCUGUUGACCAUGUUGGAGCUGCAGCCGGAGAGCAGAGCGACUGCAGCGCAGUGUCUGCAGCACGCAUGGCUGCACACAUAGACACACACACAGUGACGUAUACACACAGUGACGUACACACACAGUGACGUAUACACACUGUAACGUACACACACUGUGACGUACACACACUGAUACACACACAGUGAUGUAUACACACUGUAACGUACACACACUGACAUACAGACACUGACGUACACACAGUGACGUACACACACUGUGACGUACACACACUGACGUACAGACACUGACGUACACACACUGACGUACAGACACUGACGUACACACACUGUGACGUACACACACUGUGACGUACACACACUGUGACGUACACACACUGACGUACACACACACACUGACGUACACACACUGUGUCGUACACACACUGUGACACACACACACACACACACACUGACGUACACACACACACACUGACGUACAGACACUGACGUACACACACACACACUGACGUACAGACACUGACGUACACACACUGUGACGU